UUCUGUUGUCACUUGAUUCUUCAUUCCACACAUUGAAUUGUAAAAGAACAAGAGCAAUGGGCUCUAAAGUCAAAUCUCUCUCUCUCCUCGUUCUCCUAUUAGCCUUCUCUCUUUGUUUCUCUUCACUAUCAUCAAAACCAGCAGACCCAACUCCAGCUCCAUGGCCACACCAAUUCCACUCAAUAAUUUUCAUGAAUAACAAUGGCUCACUUCAGGCAGUGGACCUCUGGUAUGACUGGAUUAAUGGCCGCAACUUCAACAUAAUCCAGAACCAACUUGGAAAGCUUCUUUAUGACCUUGAAUGGGAUAAUGGCACCUCCUAUAUCUACACGUUAGACUCCAAUAAAGAAUGCAGAGUCUUGCAUUUCCCAGUCGGUGUUCUCCGCCCCAAUUGGCUUGAAGGUGCUACCUAUCUUGGCCAACAAGAAGUUGAUGGCUUCUUCUGCAAUGUGUGGCAGAAGGUGGACUUUAUUUGGUACUAUGAAGAUGUCAUAACAAAGAGACCUGUUCACUGGGUCUUUUACACAGGAAUGACUGCUCAUGUGAUGACAUUUGAAGUGGGGGCGGUGCUAGAGGAUCCGAAGUGGCAGGCUCCCGUUUACUGUUUUAAGGAGUCUGAGAAGAAGGAGAGCACUGUCUAUAAAUCUGUGGUUAGUCAUGGAUUAUCUCGUGAAGGGUUAAUGACGGGAUCGUAUAAUGUUUCUAUGCUGUAUUGAUUGUCUCUUAUGAGCUUCAUUUCCUUUGUAUCUUAAUACACUUCCUGACUAUAUUACAAUUGAUUCUCAAUUGCAUCUUCAAUUACGUUCUG